UACAGUUUGCCAUAUUGCUUCCGAGUGCGUCACGUUUGUUUUGAUAUUUUGCUAAUUUAGGCUACACAACAUUCUGUCAAGGGUGACUGACUGUUAAUGAGUUAUACUUACGUGCGAUGCCAUGUGUUCGACGUUUGUUACUAAUGCAAUUGUAUUCAGGUGUUUAGGAAUAACAGUCCUGUCAAGUGGUGUGUGUGUGUGAUGAAAGCUUGUUGUGGCUAGCCGGGAAGAGUUAGCAUCACUAGUUUUGGCUAAAACUGUCAAUUUGGAACGAAAAAAAAAUUAGAGCUCCAAAUGCGGCUUAAGGAACCCCUUUCAAUGACAGCCGGCAGCAUGACUAAGCGGACAAAUAAACCCCGAAAACCUCGAGAUGAAGAAUCAUCAGAUGAAGUCAGUGGAUUGACUUGCCAACAUGUGACGAGGGCAGUGGAAUUAAACUCCGUAAAGAAAUCUGUGUUAUCCAGCUUGUGGUGGGUGUGUUGUGACUGUUUGAAAGAAAGAACUAUGAUCAACAACGAGCCACCCGGAUUUCAGGACAUCUUAGUCUGCCUCAAGUGUGGUUUCCAAGGCUGUAACCACUCAGGGAUUGAACAUGCUGCCAAGCACCACCGAGCUUUCCAUCCCGAGUCUCAUUGCAUCACCAUUAGCCUGAGUACCUGGAAAGCCUGGUGUUUUGAAUGCAAUGAAGAGCUUUCCACUCAAUGUAACAAAAAAGUCCUUGCACAGACGCUCGAUUUUUUACAGAAGCACUCUCUCAAGGCAACAUCAGCAACAUCCCCCAAGAUCCUGAAGUCAAGAGAGGAAGUCUCUGAUUAUCAUGACCCCUCAAGAGAAAAAAACUCUAUUGUCAACAGUGCCUUGACUCCUGUUAAAGGCAUCAAUAAUCUCGGCAAUACCUGCUUCUUCAAUGCUGUUAUGCAGAAUCUUUCCCAAACACACAUGCUCAUUGACCUCAUCCAGGAAGUGAAGGAGAAAGGGUAUAAACUAAGGAUCUGCCCCCCAGUUGAGAGCCAUCUGGCUCCAUUAGUAGCAAUGCUGCCCAGUCCAGAGCCUCUAACGGCAGCAAUGCUUCUCUUCCUCCAGUGCAUGAAAGAACCUGGAAAAGGACCGGUGAAUCCAAAGAUCCUAUUUAAUCAGCUAUGCCAAAAGGCUUCACGUUUUAAAGGGUAUCAACAACAGGACAGCCAAGAGCUUCUUCACUAUUUGCUGAACUCCAUUCGAGUAGAGGAAACUAAAAGGGUGAAAUCUGGAAUCCUCAAGGCUUUCAAUAAUCCCACGGAGAAGACUGCAAAUGAGGAAACCAGGCGCCAAGUCAAAGCAUAUGGGAAGGAAGGCGUAAAGAUGAACUUCAUUGACCGCAUCUUUGUAGGAGAGCUCACCAACACAAUUAUGUGUGAAGAAUGUGAACAUAUCUCAACAGUCAGGGAAGCUUUCAUUGACAUCUCUUUACCCAUAAUAGAAGAACGGGUAUCAAAGCCAUCUAAUAUUGUCAGGCCAGCAAAAGGAAGUUGUGAGCAGCAUACCAACACGACAGUCCUUUCUACUGUAAACACAGCUAACAGAAACACCAGGAAGAUGAGUGGGCAGAAACAAUAUAGCAGGAGGUCUUCCAGCUCUGCAGAUGGAAAGGUGCCAUGGUGCAGUAUUGAACAACCCGAAGAAAUUGAAAGUGGAACGGCCCGAUGUGUCUCUGCUCACAAGAUGCCCAAUCGCGGAAGCCUCUCAGAUUGCAGCGAGAGAGGCUCUGCUCCUCAGGACAGCAGUAACGAUGCUGACAGUGAGGCUUCAGAAAGCGAGUGGGCACCGCAGACCUCUUGCUCCAGUCAUUUCCAGUCUCACUCCACACCCACUGUCAAUUCAUCUGUUGUAUCUGUUUCUGCCUCAACAUCACCUCCUUCUAUGCAACGUGUAGAGCCGCUAGUAAGCUGUCUGUCAAAGGUCAGCCUGGGCCUCAGUUCAGAGGACAGCUCCACCCCUUCACGAUGCUCUCUUGAAGAGUCAGAGGAUGCCAAAUUGCAAGAUAAUGUCCACCAUCAAUACCACCAGGGGGCAUUCCAGGCACUCUCUCAAAGUUAUAAUCCCAGCUCCAAGGAGUGCUCCAUCCAGUCAUGCCUUCACCAGUUUACCUCUGUGGAACUACUGAUGGGCAACAACAAGUUGCUUUGUGAGAGCUGCACUGAACGCAGACAAAAGAAGAUGCGCAAGAGCAGCUCAGCUGAUAAAAAGGUAGAGAAGAUCUACACCAGUGCGAGGAAACAAAUGCUCAUUUCCUCACUUCCUCCUGUAAUCACUUUACAUCUGAAACGCUUCCACCAGGCCGGAAUGAAUCUACGAAAGGUGAAUCGCCAUGUCGACUUUCCUUUGAUCUUAGAUCUGGCCCCAUUUUGUUCAGCAUCAUGCAAGCAGAACUUGGCACAUGAUAGCCAUGUCCUUUACAGCCUGUAUGGGAUUGUGGAGCAUAGUGGCUCAAUGCGUGGUGGCCACUAUACUGCAUAUGUAAAAGUCCGCGCUCCCCAGAGGAAAACGGAACAAAACAGGAACUUCUCAGGUCAGGGUUCUGCACCCUUUUCAAACCUCUACAGAAUGAAAGCAAUUUACCUUUUAAACUUUGGUCCACAUGCAGGGACUCCUCAGGUUACGAUGUCCCCGAUCUAUGACGUUUCGACUUUACGACUUUCGUGCCUCGUCCGCCAUUUACUCCGCAGCGCCAUUGCUUAGCUAGUGCAUAGUGCUUUUCUGUGUUUGUACGCCGGGAGAAUUUGUGCCUUUUUCCUUUUUUACACUCCUUUUUUUCCCUCAUUAUGGCCCCAAAGUAGAAAUCUGGGUCCAAAAGAACAGCAAUUACCAUGGAAACAAAGCUUAACAUAAUAAAAACAGAGAAAUGAGAGACACGAACUAACAUCAGUACAGACUUGCUGCGUUCAGACCAAAGUUAAACCAUAGCAGGAGACUCCUUGCUCGUCGCCACAAUCAGUUUUGUGUUGACACAGACCUUACUUUGCCAACAGUCGAAGUCCACAAAACCUCCAAACAUACAUAAAAAAAUAACAUAAAAAUAAAAACAAUAAUGUAACGAAUUUGGCUGUGUGUAUGCUUUAGAUUGUAGUGUUGGGUUGUCUGGGCUGUCCUUAAACGUGUCUUGACUGGAGUGAGAGAGGGUGGGGUGGAAGAAGCAACAAGGCUGUUUUGGUUUUUAUUUUGUUGGCAUCACAGUAGUCGUGUGCCAUGCUUUCGGUUGCACAUAAACCAUUGAAAACCUUUAAGUGUGAAUCUACCUCUCAGCAGUAACGGGAAGUACAGCAUCUUAUUUCUUUUAUUUUAAUGUAUUUUAGAUUUUUUUAUUCUUAGUAUAUUGACUUAAAUUUAGACCUUUACGAUGUAAUCCGUAUUGAGCGAAAAAUAGGUUACAUGGCCAGCAUAGAAACAGAACUUGUUCACAACUCAAGGACUCCCAGUAUAUAGCAAAUACUUCAUGCAGGCCUAUGUGCACUAAAAAUCCAUAUGCUGUAUGUGUACAUGUUGUAUAUAGUGUAUUGCCACAAUAUGUUCAUGUGUCUUUCAGGUGAAAAGGACUCCAGCAGCAGUUCUCAGGGCCAGUGGUUUUACGUCAGUGAUACUACGGUCCAAAUGGUACCAGAGUCCAGAGUUCUGCUCUCUCAGGCUUAUCUGCUCUUUUAUGAAGAACUGAUAUGAGCUGAAAAAUCUCAUCCAGGACAUGAGUUUAAAUCUAAUCUAAUUUAAAUCUAAUACAAUAUGUGCUUGAACUCGAGCAGACAUGGGCAAACUAUUCCACAAAGUGGGUGCAGGUUUUUGUUCAAAAACAUUAUGGCUAGGUCUACACGUAGCAGGGUAUUUGGCAAAACUGUUUCUAUGGUUUGGCCUAUCAUCCACACUCAGAUUUUGGGCAUUGAAAACGACAGUUCUAAAAAACUCAGUCCAAAGUGAAGAUGUGCACAUUCUGCGUCAUGAUGUGGACACUGAUAACCUAAGAUUUAACCGUGGAAACGACACUGACUGCGACAAACUUUCUUGCUACGUCACAAUGUUUACAUUUGGUGUAAACAUGGAUACCAUUGCAGUGGGUUUAGAUCUAAUUAUUAGACAGGUGCUUUUUGCUUCCAUUUAUUUACAAUCUCUUGAAGUGCUUCAUAUUGAAGAACACAUGCGAAGCAUGGGGGUAUUAUGGACAAUUAUUUUUCGAGCAUUGUUAUGAAUGUACUUAACGGAUUAAUGUGGUUGGCUGUAGAAGCUUUUUUUUUCUUAAAAAUGUCCUGGUGUAGUCGUAAUUAUUUUUUUUAGGCUGUAUUAGCGCAGUAGCCUCGUUUUAAAACAAUAAAAAAUAAAACCCUGCAAGGUGUAGACAUAGCCUAAGUGGUCACUUUUUCACCAGUCUGGUGUUUUACAAGUGCAAUCAAUUCAUUGCAGGCAGGUAGUUCUACUGAAACCCUGUUGGUUAAACUGUUUGUGCUGGACAGUUGGAACAAAAACCAGGACCUACUGCGGCCUCAAGGACUGGUUUGCCCACCCUUUAGAAUAACGCUUCAACAUUAUUUUACCUUCAGAUUAGCUCUGGGUUUUUAUUAAGUAAAACCUCACACUCUUUUGACACAUAACCAUUAGAAUGUUUUUUUUUAUUUCAAAUUACUAUUAGUGAUGACUCUGACCCAAUUAUAUAAUUAACUAUUGCCAGAGCAUAUUAGAAACAUCGUGUGGAAAUGUGUAGCUCGUGUAAAAUAAUGGUACUUUGUUCAUCUUGCGUGCACCAACUGUUAGAGAUAAUCUACAGAUGAAUGUACCGGUAAUCUCAGAAAAUCAUGUUGUGCUCACUAAUGACUCCAAUAGUUUCAUUUGGGAGACUUUACAAUCAAAUAUAAGUCAUAGAAAAAUAUAUGUUAAGCUUUGUUCAUUGUCAACUAAUACCCAAACUAAUGUCAAACUAACAUCAAAAUACUUGAUACAAUUUUCAAAUUCAAUCAUGAAUUUUAACUCACAUAAGAAUGGACCUGUAUCUAUAAAUCACAUUUGCCAAAGGUGAAGUCAGAACAGAAAACCAAACAAAUACAAUGUGUUAAUCUGCCUCAAAGAUAUUCCUCUAAUUAAAGUAUUUUGUUGCAAACUCAAUUUGCACUGAAUGUACAGUAUUUGAGCGCUACUGUUUUAGUGUUGGCAAAAGCUGGACACUUAAUAACUCUAAAAUGCUCCUAUUGAUAAGGAUUCACAAAGAUCAUAGCAAUGAAAAGCUCUAGUCAAAAAAAAAGUUUACUAUGCAUGCAGGGGGUUAACGCUCUAAUUUAUCUAUUACAUAUUCUAGCAUAAUCGAAUGACUUUUUAAAUCCUAUAUUGUGUUAUUUUUGUUGUAUAGAUUUAAAAAUUUGCCAAAAACGUGUUGGUUGUCAUCAAAAUAAAGAGAUCGGGAAUUUUUCCAUUUAAAAAUAGAUUACACUGAUUCAGUGCCUUGUCAUUAAACAUGAGCAUUAGGAACAUGCACAGAAAUGCAACCCCAAUCCAAUGAAGCUGGAAUGUUUAAUACGUUAAAAAAAAAAAAAAAAAAAUAGAAUGAUAUGCAAUUCAUGGUCAAUUUACGAUAUAUUUAAUACACUACAAAGUAAUACAUUGUUCAAAUUGAUAAAUUUUAUGGUUUUUGCAAAUAGUCAUUAACUUAGAAUUUUAUGGCUGCAACGUGGUCCAAAAAAAGAUGGGACAGGUGGCAACAAAGACUGAGAAAGUUGAGGAAUGCUCAUCAAAUACAUGUUUGAAAGUCCCAAAAGUUAAACGGGUAUUUGAGAACAGGUGGAUAGCAUGAUUGGGUAUCUGACAAGUCCACAUUUCAAAUUGUUUUGGAAAUUGUAGAUGUCGUGUCCAAAGAGGAAAAGAACCAUUCAGACUGUUAUGUACGUAAAGUUCAAAAGCUUGUCAGAAAUGUGUUCAUUUAAUGCCUCAAAAACAUGCUGAUGUCAAAGUCAAAAGUCAAGAAGGUCAUUCAAAAUAUUUGAUAUGGCAGCUUUUGUUUGCAGUUUAUUCAUUUGCACCAGCCAAUUGUCAUAAAAUUGUUAGCUCUGUGUUCUAGGUAUGGUUCUAGGUUGUGUUGUUUCGACAACCUAUUCAUGGUAUGAGUCAAGCAUGUAUUGCAUAAAACUCAGUUAUGUUAAAAUUGUAAAAACUGUUCUUGUAUUUAGAUAUUCAUUAAAAUCUUACUUUCCAUAGAGGCUGUACUCAUUAAUGAUGUGCACUGUAGGUUUUCUAACAUGCUGCCAUCCAAGCAACAUCUUUUUCAUGGAGGCCUCAGCUAAUUUCAGUCAGACGAUGCCAAACUACAUUUUGCACGUGUUACAACAAUGUGCCAUUGUCGUAAAAGAGUGCAGGUACUAUACUGGCCAGCCUGCAGUCCAGACCUGUCUACCAUUAAAAAUGUGUGACACAUUAUGAAGCAUAAACUACGAUGAUAGAGACCAAGGACUGUUGAACAGCUGAAGAUGUAUAUCAAGCAAGAAUGGGAAAGCAUUCCAACUAAAAAGCUUCAACAAUAAGUGUCCUCAGUCCUAAAUAUUUAUUAAAUAUUGCUAAAAGAAAAUGGAGUAACACAGUGGUAAACAUGACCCUCUCUCCGAUGUUUUGGAACGUGUUGCAACUAUCAAAUACUUUUGUUUAUUUGCUAAAAACAAACUAUCAUUUUGACAAUUAAAUAUUUUGCCUUUGUUGUGUAACCAGUUAAAAAUAGGUGGAACAUGAUUUGUAAAUCUUUGUCUUCUGUUUUUAUGUUUAACACAAUGUCCCAACUUCAUUUGAAUUGGGGUUGUAAAUACUCUGAUGAAUGAAUGUGACAUUCAUGUACUGUAAAUCGUAGUUUGUAAUAGUACAAUACAACUGUACUAGUAUAAUGUAUAGUAUAGUGUUAUAUACAUAUAUACUGUAUAUUUAAAAAAUGCAAGGUUAUGGUGCUAAUGGCAUGCAGAAUUAGACGAUGCCAAUGUUCGCUUCGUCUAGCUAGGAUACUUUCAUUUUAAAAUAUUGCACACAUGGUAUAUGUUGAAACCAUGAAUACAAACCACCAUAAAUAAAUUAAAUAAAUAAA